AUGAUCGGAAAGAUUGUCUUCCUCGCUGCCCUUGCCUUCGCCGCUGCUAAGCCAAGCGUGCCAGCUUUUGUAGCCGCCGCCCCCGCCCCGUUGGUAGCUGCACCAGCUCCACUUGUAGCUGCCGCCCCAGCUCCGUUUGUCACUGCAUCCAGCUCCCAGUACAUUGCUAGGAAUUACAAUGGUGUCUAUUCAGCACCGCUUAUUGCAGCACCAGCAUACGCACCAGCUUACACCCCAGCCUACGCGCCGGCUUAUGCUCCAGGCUUCGCACCAGCUAUAAUUUCUAUGGCUGUCUUAAUAGCUAGCUGUCAAGCUAGCGGCUUUGGACACUUGUCACCCCACGCACAUGUUGCAGCCGUUAAGUCAUUUCCAAUAGUGCGAUACGCUCCAUUCUACAGCUUUCCAUCACCGAUACGAUCAAUACACGCGAUAUCACCAGGGUUUCCAGCGGUUGCUUCGUCAUUAGCCGCUGCACCAAUAUUACCACCGCCGUUGCCAGUUCAAGUGGCACCAGCACCAGUGUUACCGGCGCCUCUCCCAGUACCGGCUUCUCUCCCUGUACCAGCGCCACUUCCAUUCACUGCCCCCUUACCUGCUCCAGUUUUUCCAGCACCAGUAUUCGGGCCCGCGUACCCAAGAUUUGGCCCAGUGCCUGCUCCCUUAUAUCAGAGAGCCCUACCAGCAUAUCCGGUAGCUCCAUUCUCACCUAUUCUCAGACCAGUGGCACCUGCUUUAGCCCCUGCGCCGGUUGUAGCUCCAGCCCCUGCCGUUGCCAUAGCGAAAGCCUACCCCUAUGCGUUUGGCUCUCCAGUACUACAAGCUCCAAUACUCAAACAAUUUGCGUGGAAGUAA